UUAGGAUACGUAUACAAGAAAAACAUUGAUUACUAAAUGCUUAUAUAGAUGUUACCUUGACAACCAUUCGAAACAGUAAUGGAUGCCGACCAGACUGCAAUGAAUUUGGCAGUUUUAUGACAAGUUGAUAUUAUAAAAAUGAACCGCACGCAAUUACAAUGCGAGUUAUAAUUUAAGUACGAGGAUAAAAUGCAAACUGAAGCAUCUACCUUGCCAGUAGUACAACUUAAUGUGCAUAAAAAAUCUGAUAGAAAAUCAAAAUCUAAUUCAAAAAACUCAACGCUGGAAUCUAAGAUUUCUCCUUGCAAAAAUACAUUAUUUACAUCAAACAGAAAAUGCUUGAAUCCUUUGCUUGGUGGACCAUAUAAAAGCAAUAUCAAACAGCAAUCAUUGUCUGAUGAACCAAGAUCUAAUAAUAAAAGUUUUCUUGGACAAAGGGUGAUGUCAGCAAGAAUUCUUCGUUUCAAACAAUUACAAAACCAAUUGGCUGAUGCACAUUACCAUCUAAAUGAACUUGCGAAUGAAAACAGAUUAUUAAAGGCAUUGCAAAAGAGGCAGGAUUCUGCACUUAGGCGUUAUGAAGGGACCAAUGCAGAACUACCAAGAAUUAUAAAUUCACAUCAUGAAGAAUUAAGAGUACUUCAAACAAAAUAUAAGAAAUUGAAAGAAUUGCAUAGGGACACAUGUAAUCUGCUAAAAGAGAAAGAAAAUGAACUUUAUACCGUGAAUUCGCAAAAUAAGCAUUUACUGCAGCUCAGUAAAGAUCGAAAUCUUGGGGAAAGGGAAAAGUUACAAUUACAAAUAUCCGACAUGAAUCAUGAAAUGCAACAACAACAGGAAACUAUACAGCUAUUACACAGGAAGCUGGCACUUGAAACUAAGAGCAUGAAACAUCAAUUACACAUCGAAAUUUCUAAACAUAAAGAGACACAGAAGAAUUUGCAAGAAACAAUAGAGAAAUUGAAAACUUUAGAAUGCUUAUUAGACAAUCGAGAAAAGAGAUUAUAUUAUAAUGGUCAAUUACCAAUUUAUAACAAAGAGAAGAAUCUAGAUAGUCAUUCUUUCACAAAUCUCAGCGAUAUCAGCACCUCCAAUGCAGUUAAAGUAUCUGGCAGAAAUAAAAAGAAUGAAAAUGGAUUGCCAAAAAGCUUGCCACUACUUGAAUCUCUGGAGCCUAAUGAUGAUACAAAAGUAUCUAAAACAAAUAGUGCUAACCAUUCGGAAAAUCAAUUGAAAUCGGAGACAAUGGCGAGUUUGUACCAAAUACGAAAGUUUCGAUUACAAAAGUCACACAUGCGUAAACACGCUCAUUCUAUGAAUGAUUUGAGGUUCAAGUUUAGAGAUCCAGAAGUAGAAGUAACCGAUAAUGAAAAGAUUACAAUCUAUCAAAACGGAUCGGUAGACUUUAAGUCAAUGCCAAAAAGAAAUAGCCUUAAUGAUAAAAACGAAAAUGGCAGAUUGAGAAAGUUAUUUAAUAGAAUAAAAAGUCAAACUUCGCAGAAUUUACAAAAAGAAAUGGAGCUUGAAUCUGAUUAUUUCUUUGAUGAUGGAGAAAGUGAUAAUGUCAGUGAACAUAAUAUCGAAUAUUGCUCAACGAGUAAUAUGCAGAAAUCUAGAGAAUUAUAUGCAAGAUUAAUUAAUGGCAUAGACGAUACAUCUGAUACCUUAGAUGAUAUAAAAAAAGUAGACAUCCAUUAUAGUGAUGGUGAAGAAAAAAAGGAAUUAAGCACGCGUCUAGUGAAAGAUUUAGCUUUUCAAAAAUUCAACUACAAGAGCAAGUCAGAUAUAUUGCAACAUCAUAGAAAUAAAAAAUUUGAUGACAGUGACUCUGAAGUUGAUUCUGAAGAAAAGAUAGAUAGAAAUGAAGAGUACUUUUCUACAGAAUAUGAAGCCGAUGUAACUAAGUAUAGUAAGGAACAAUUCUCAAAAUCUUGUAAUGAUACUACUCAUCUAGGAUACAACACGUCGGAAAUUAAGGAACCAUUCGAGCUGAAGAAUACAAAGCUACAGAUGAUAUCUAAUGACACUCUAGAUGAUAUCUAUUCACAAGAUAUAGAAGUUUCUGCACAGAUUUCUGAGAAAAAGCUGAAGAACAGGCCGGAAGAACUUUCGGAAAAUAAUGAUGUAGAUAAUUCCUUUACAGAUAUAAGAAAGGAAGAAUAUAAGAAGGAAAAAAAAGAAUAUUUAGAAAAAGAGCCAGUAUAUACUGAUAUAUCAUAUAAUAAUGUUUAUAAAGAUAUGUUUAAACAAAAUAAUACGAAUGAAGAAAUUAAUAACCUGUUAAGUCCAGAAAAAGAAGUUCAAGAUAAUUUGCAACAAGCACACGAGGAAUAUAAAACAAAAACCCUCACAGAAUAUAUAAAAACUGAAGAUUUUAGAGCAAUAUGUAAUGAGGACAAAGCUGUGCUACAUCAUCCUGAAGAGAAUGAUUAUUCCAUGGAUAAUUUAAUAAAAGAAUAUCAUAGACUUCGAGUAGAGGAAACACCAAGAACGAGAAAUUAUAAUGACGAAGAAGAAACAUUAAAAGAAGAUGACUUCAAUGUAGAAACAAAUAAUAGGUUGAAUGCUUUAUCAGAGGCAGAAAAUAUUAAUGCAUUAUCUAACAUUGUACAAGCAUCACAUCAUGCUAAACAGGCUAAUGAGAUAGGAGAUGAGAUAAUAGAUGUAAAACACACAACAGACACAAAAAAGAAAUUAAUUAAUUAUAAUAAAGAAAAGCUGCUGGCUACAAUGAAAGCUAUAGAUGAUAACGAAAACAUUGAGUUUCUAAAUCAGGAAUUUAAGAAUCAUAAUGUAGUAAGCAGAAUGCAAAUAACACAGAAUCUUUAUCGAGGUGUACCUACACACUCAAAACCAAAACGAGAUGUAAUUAAAGAUAUAUUUGAAGACAACCACAUAGAAAAUAAAGUCAGAGGUACUUGCAGUAAAUCCCAUUAAAAGUUUGGGAGAAACCACUGAAGAUAGUCCAUAAUAAAUAAUAUAAAAACUGCUUUCUACUUAUGUUCUUCAAUUUUACCAAACUUUUAGUGUAAACACAGCUGAAAAGAUAUCCAAAAAGAGAAAA